AUGAUGCGGUACCCGGGUGAUAAGCGGGCGCAGAGCAGGCUGGUGUGCAAAGAGGCGCAUUUGGAGGCCUACCUGCAGAGCUGCAAAGAUCGGAUGCAAGUGCUGGCAGGCAUCAGGGUGGAAUUGAACGGGGAAGUACCAUCACCCUAUCUAUCGGCGAAAAUUAAGAUGAGGAAAAAACGCACGGUCAUACGGGAGUUAACGCACCAGGGCGCAGCUUACCUGGGGACGAAGAACGUGCUCAGAGCGGUGGCGGAACAUUUCAAGUUGGCUUUCAGCGAGAUCGAACCGGAGGAGGAGGUUGACUGGGAGACCUUUGCGAAGGGAGCGACGCUUUCAGACGCGGAAGUGGAGCGGCUGGCCGCGGAAUGGUUGGAAGCUGAGGUCAAGGAGGCACUAGAGUCGCUCCCAAAGGGGAAAUUUCCGGGGCAGGAUGGGUUACCUACGGAGUUCUUUGUCUUGCACUGGGAACUGCUUAAGACUCAUGUGAUGGAGUUCGUUCAGGAGUUUGCAGCGACGGCGAAGAUGCCGGGGAGUAUCUCAACAUCGGGUGAUGAAAGAGAUGGGGAGUUUCCGGAGAACUUCGUCAUGUGGACCAAAGGCCUGCACACGGAAGCCGGUACGAGGAUCAUCGUUAACGGUUGGCUGAGUGAUAAAGUGGAAAUGAACAGAGGUGUGAGGCAGGGCUGCCCCUUAGCGCCAUACCUCUUUCUUUGUGCCAUCGAGCCGCUCUGCAGAGACGUGCGACGAAGGAGGUUGGGGAUCGAACCGGAGGGGAAGGAGCCGUUGUCAUACGUGGAGUACGCAGACGAUACCUCUUUCUUGCUGAGUGGGGAAGGGCAGCUACGGGAGGUGGUGGAGGUCUUGAAUGUUUUUGGCAAGCAAUCAGGCAUGAAAGUCAAUUGCGAUAAGUCGGUGGUUGUGCCACUAGGCCGCAACAGGGGGACUCCGGCACUGGCGGAUGUCCCAUACAAAUGGUCGAAGCAGGAUGAGCCGGAACGGCUCUUGGGAGUGUGGAUCACACCGAGCGGCGACGCCAGGCCAUCCUGGGGGAGGGCUUACGAGAGGAUAAAGGAGGAGUUAGGAAGGUGGGAGUCGCAGUAUCUCACAACAACAGCAAGGGUGGCGGUCAUGAGCUGCUACGUACUGCCUGUUCUAAUGUUCCAAGCACAGGUGUACUCGCCGCCGGACAAGGUAUGGGAGAAGAUCAGGACAAUUUCCCACGCAUUUGUCUCUGCGGGGGAGGCCGUAGAGGAAAAGAUUUUCAUACUUUGGAGAGCGUACCUGGCGUACCUUCCGCGAAAGGAUGGUGGUUUGGGACAGUUGAACCCGAAGCUCUGCUUAGAUGGGCUGGCGGUGCGCAGAGUAGGCAAGCUACUGCAGGAGCCAGAGGGGGCACGGCGGUGGCUGGCUGAGAAGGCGGCGGGCUUCCCACAAGGCUGGGCGACUCUGCAUGCACACCCAUCGGCGACUAAACUUUGGCAAGCGGGGAGCGUAAGAUGGAAGGCAGCGGUGAAGAUUUUCUGGAAAUCGCCCUUUGCGGAGCUUCCGGCACCUGCAAACAGAUGGGAGGUAGAGGAGGAGCUGAUUGGUUUCAAGAGAAGGAUCAUGCAUAGGGGAGGAAGUCCCUUCGGUCAUCAGAUAGGCACGGCGGGGCUUAUCAAUUUGCGCAUUAAAGACUUGCUGACAGACGGCCCGGGGGGGCGCAGAUGCGUGAAGGCGGUGGAGCUGCUAACGCUGGAGCUAGGGAGCAAGGAAGGUGCUGGUAUGGCGCUUAAGGCCUAUGAGGCCAUGCCGUUGGAGAGGAAGGCGAUGGUUGAGGAGCCGGCGUCGGCAGAGGCGCAGGUUGCAACGCCGGGCGUGGUGAGAUACGUUCUGUGGGGGGAGCCAUCCGGGCCGCCCUGGGCGGUGAAGGGAAUCGACGGCACGCAGGCCAUCGUCUCGAGGUUCUUGCUCAAUGAUGAAGGAGGGUUGACGGUCCCAGGAAAGCCUAGCAAAGGGUGUUUCGAGGCGUGCAGGCUCCAGCCGCUGAUGGUCCAAGACAACAAACUAGUGGGACCGGUGGGGGACCCGAAGACGAGACUUAUUUCCGGGUCGGGGUUCUUCAUAGGUGGAGGGCUAGUGCCACUGCGCAAAGUACGGGCCAUACUAACUAAGACGACGGGCUGCUCAUGGAGACAGGCGGAGUGGGAGGAUGUGUGGGGCAAGAAGAUCGACUGGAAAAAGGCAAUCGAGACCCGUGACUCUAUUUGUGUCCCACUCAAGGCAAGGGAUGUGAGGGUCUAG